GUGAUCUCCCUUACAUCAAAAUGUCGGAAGGAUUGGAAGCGCAGUUAGCUGUGUUAGCAAAUGAAAAUGCUUUUCUAAAGAAAUAUUUUUCGCUUAGGAAGAAAUGUGAACAACUUCAACAGGCUAACGAAAAAGUUGUCAACAGGAUUCAGCAUGUGAAGAAGCUCAUUAAAAGAUGGAAGAGAGAACGAAGAUAUCUUGCCAACAAGUUAGAUGAGUAUGGCGAUUCUUACCAGGACUCACAAGUGCCCCUCAUGUGGGAGGAGGAUCAAAUCUUUAAGAGGGUACGACCAACAAAGAAUGGAGGGGAGCUCAUUCCAGAUACAAGUCCACCAAAAGUAAAACAGGAGCGUCCUGUGGCAGACAUUUUAUCAACAAUAAAUCCGAUCCUGGCUGCUCAUGGUAUGGCAGAAGUUGGAUCUCACAGUAGUCCAACAGCCACAUCUUCUGGAAAGCCCAAGAAGGGAAAGUCAGACAAGGAAAAGGACCCAAGUGCUCCUAAAAAACCAGCUAAUGCCUUCCUCAUGUUCUGUCAGCAACAGAGAACGACUGUUCAGGAGACAUACUUCAAGGAAAACAAAGAGGAGAUCUCCAACCAUGAACUGACUAAAAGAUUGGCUCAUCUAUGGAACAGUUUAAAUCCAGAACAAAAAAGGGUAUUUUAUGAUCUGUAUGAACAGGAGAAAGAACGAUAUGACCGCGAGGUAAAAGAAUACCAUGAACGAGAGGGAAACGUAGUGGCCGACAAAGCCGCCAGUGAGGCGAGUGCAGCUGCCAUGGCGACCGAGGCCCACAGUGCCGUUAGUGCCAUCAUUAUGGACUCGUAGAAUCUCACAUGUGUUCAAACUGAAGUCGGUUGUAUUUUUGUUUGUGGAUAUGGCUUGAAAAUAUUAAUUUUUUUACAUGAUUUGAAAAUAUUUGCUAAUAUCCUGUCCAUCAGAUUCAUUUCCUACUUUUUCAUCCUACAUGUAAAAAGUGCAAUACUAGUACAAGCAAAGGUUGGUCAUUCAUUUGAAUUAUAAAAUUCUGUUUAAUGUCUGCAGUUCAACAGCUUUAUAUCAGUUACAGAUUCAGAGGGGAAAUAGAAAAAUGUUUGUUUUAGAUAUUUCUAAGAGAGUCAUUCAAAAAGAUUUUUUCUGGAGUUUUGGAAGUCAGGAAUAAGUCAUACUCUUAAUUUAGAUCAUUUCAUGUUAAAGACAAAUUCCUGGUUGUUUUACUACCUAAAUUUGCUUUCCAUAUCACCAGUUUUCUUUCCAUAAUAAGACAAAACGACAAAACGACAAUACUUUAGUAAAAAAAGAUUGCACAAUGAACAUUGCUCCAUUUGUCCACCAUUUGAUUGUGUUUUAAUCUUGACAUAUGGUGUGUGUGUGUGUAUCGUGCAAAUAUCAGCUAUACAUUAUGUAGUAGCUGACAUUGACAAAUUUGCAAAAGUACUGGUAAUUCUCAAGAUAGAUGAUCGCAAAAUUUCAAUCAGUUGUGCAAGUAAUACCUUAUAUAAUAGAUUUAAUUAUUCCCAACAAUUUCCCAAAAAUAAUCUAUCAGUAUUCAUUGUAUUUUAAAGUUUUGGAACUAUUCAGUAUGGUUUCUUAAAAAGUAAACUAUUCUGUUUAUAUUGUUGCCCCCCUGUAGAUAUGUACAAUGGAGCUUUGUGUAUAAUCUGCAUAGGCAGACUAAAACUUAAAGUUAAACUAAUAAAAUGUAAAAAAAGAAAAAAGGGAUAGAGCCACAAAAUAGCAAAUACAGUCCUGAAAAAUCAUACAAAAUAAAGGCAGGACAGGAAAAACUGAGUAUGAACAGGCAUUGUAGUUCAGCAAUGAAGUGUGAAAUCAGUAAUACAGUAUAUAAAACGAUCUACAACAUCCAGAAUCAUUCCAGAAUUAUCAGCUUUUUCGCAAAAUUUCAUAGUUUUGUGAAGUAAAAUCUGAUUUUGAUGGUAUGCUCUUGGAACAAUGAUGGCAUUUCAGAAAUUACCAUUUUUCGCUAUGAUGUUUUUGCCCCAAAAAUUCUGUGGUAUGUAUUUUAUAUCAAGUUAACGAUUUUCCCACUUUUGUUAUUUUCCAAAUGGAUUUUAGCAUCCCAUUUUGUGAUGAUAUUUUUACCCCUUGUGGCUCUACCCCUUUAUUAGGUGAUACAUAUUUUAUAUCAAGUUAACGAUUGGCUCUACCCCUUUUAAGUUUAUCAGGUACAUGGCAGCGUGAGGUUUAAAUUCUUGAGGAGAAUGAGUGUCACAUGUAUAACCAAUGAUUGUGUUCCCUUAGAUUCCUGGCUAUACUGUUAAUAUUAGGCUACAUGUAGAUGUUUGUAAGUAGAGACUUGUAAGUGUUAGACUAGAGUGUUAAAAUAUUCGCCUAUAUUUUGUGAUACAUAUUUUAUAUCAAGUUAAAGAUUGGCUCUACCCCUUUUAAGUUUAUCAGGUACAUGGCGGCGUGAGGUUUAAAUUCUUGAGGAGAAUGAGUGUCACAUGUAUAACCAAUGAUUGUGUUCCCUUAGAUUCCUGGCUAUACUGUUAAUAUUAGGCUACAUGUAGAUGUUUGUAAGUAGAGACUUGUAAGUGUUAGACUAGAGUGUUAAAAUAUUCGCCUAUAUUUUGUAACAUGGUUGAUUAUUUUAAGUGAUUAAAGCUUUAGGCGUUAAACUAUUAUGUAGUCUGUUAUUCCCGUGUGUUUGAUAUAAGUUUACCAGGACAGUCAUUUGUACUUUAAAAGUUGAAAAUUUGUUCCAAACCUAAAUAAAGUAUUUUCGUUGUGUUUUUCAACAACUGCCUGUUUUAAAAUGA